GAGAAAGAAAUGAUGGGAAAAACAGUUUGUGAUUCUCAUUUUUUUUUCUCCAGCGAUGGCGUUUCUUGCUGGACCUGGCGGGUUCGCACGAUUAAGCUUGUCGCCUGAGGCUCUCAAUAGGCGGAGAAUCACUAGGUUUGCUACUCUUUCCUCUUCUCGAGAGGAUCUGAUUAGGGCAAGUUCCAGCUACUUCGACAAAGAUUCCCGGCCAAUCAUGUUAUACGACGGGGUUUGCAACUUAUGCAAUGGAGGAGUGAAGUUUGUCCGCGAUAACGAUCGAAACAGGAACAUCAGGUAUGAAGCUCUGCAAAGCGAAGCAGGCAAGACACUACUAGUGAGGUCGGGAAGAGCUCCUGAUGAUAUUUCGAGUGUUGUGCUUGUCGAAAAGGAUAGAUCAUAUAUCAAGUCAGAAGCUGUAAUGAGGAUCAUGGAGUACAUAGACUUGCCCUUUCCCCAGCUUGCAUUUUUCCUACAGCUUAUGCCACUUUUCAUAAGGGAUUUUGUAUAUGACAACAUUGCAGACAACCGAUAUGGCAUUUUUGGACGCUCGGAGUCAUGUGAGAUAUAUGAGAACUGAAUGUAGUGAGUCAUUCUACUCAUUAAAUGCACGUAUAUAAUGUCCACAGAUACUAAACUUUGGUUCAAUGAAAUGAUAUUUGAGUAAUUGUCUCCUAUUUGUGUUCAUGUGUGCAUAUGUCCAUUUCAUGUCCUCUAUGUAAAUUCUAUACUUUGGAAUUUUUGCUGCUUGUUAGAAUGAGAAUGGGUGAAAUUUAUGGGAGAAA